GUCACCUCGGGCUUCUCCGCCCGGCUCACCCACUUGUUCACCCGCGUUCGUGCGCCCGUCCGAGGCGGCGGUGACAUCGAGGCCGAAGCGGGGACAUUUCGGGCUGAGGCGCUCAGGUUUAGCGCUGAGCUCCGGAGCUAGCAACACAAGUAGCCCAUCAUCACCAGCAGCCCCGAGUCCAGGCUAACACGCAGCUUCCUGGACAGCGGUGUCGAGUUGUGUAGACGGACAUGUUGCGUGUUUUUCCUCGCAGUCACACACGGAAAAGGCUACAAAAGGAAUUAUUAGCCCUGCAAAAUGAUCCACCCCCUGGGAUGACGCUCAAUGAAAAAAGUGUACAGAACACCAUCACGCAGUGGAUUGUAGACAUGGAGGGAGCCACUGGCACACUGUAUGAAGGAGAGAAGUUUCAGUUGCUUUUCAAAUUUAGUAGUCGAUAUCCUUUUGAUUCACCUCAGGUAAUGUUCACAGGAGAGAAUAUACCUGUCCACCCUCAUGUGUAUAGCAACGGUCACAUCUGUCUGUCUAUUCUAACGGAAGAUUGGUCUCCAGCCCUCUCAGUGCAAUCAGUUUGUCUUAGCAUUAUCAGCAUGUUGUCCAGCUGCAAAGAAAAGAGACGACCGCCUGAUAAUUCAUUUUAUGUAAGAACGUGUAACAAAAAUCCAAAGAAGACAAAAUGGUGGUAUCAUGAUGAUACAUGCUAAUGUACAAACUUUGUAAUAAUCGUAGAAGAAAGAAGUCCUACUGACCUACGUAAAAGCACUUUUUAAUCAUUCAGUCUUUGAACUCUGACCUGAGACUGGAACAGUGGAUACCAUGCUCUGGAGGCUCUUGACUGCAUUUCUCCCCCGCGGGCAGUUGGAUGCAUGUUGUAGUCCGUUGUAAUAUAAAGAAUAAAAAUAAUUGACAGUUUAGAUGCACCCAAGAUGGAUUGUUUUUGGCAAAAAGGUAGUAAUGCAGAGAGCGAGCAAAGUGGAUUUGAGGUGAGAAAAUUACAAUACCUGUUUUAAGAUUAUUACUGUUACUUUUUUGUUUCGCGUGUGGGUGCAUUUUAAAGGUCCUUGUGUUGUGCAAUAAUAACUGAUGGAUGCAUGCUUGGGCCUGCAAAGAGAAAUCCAAAUCUAAUUGUUUUCUGGAAGGAAUCGGACCAUCGUAACCCCAAGGAAAUGCUUCAUCUGUUUUUUUGUUUUAGUUUUUUUUUGGAAAUAUAUUAUUAUAUGCACUGUGAAAGUAUCUAGUUUGAAAAGGCACUAUUAGUUCAUUAUUCACAACAUGCAGUUGUACUGUAAGCAGUCCUCCAUAUAUUUAACAGGUGACAAGGUUUUAGUUUGCAACCACUGUCAAGAGUUCACACGAGUUUCCUCUCCAUUUUCCAACUUGAGACCCAGUUGCACUUCUUCCUUCUGUUGGACAGAAUGUCGGUACAGGAAUAAAACGGAUACGACAAUGCGAUCGCUCACUCGGUCAGUCAGUUUGGUCAGUCAGCGUGCAUCUCAUAAACCUGGGCUCAACUCGUGUGGCGUUCGCUCGUCCAGCCUUGAAGACGUGCAGCGGCCUCUCUUCCAUUUAAAGAAUGUCUGAGACCAUUGUCGCAUGAUCCAUUUUUAUUUGUAAGAUACUUUUUUUUUUAAACUCAUGCUUUAAUCUUCUAAAAAUAUUUGGUUUUAAAUGUCUUGAGUUCUUUUUUGUACUGUUUUUCAACUUGCUGAUACUUUGGGGGGAAAAGGGGGGGGG